CUAUGGACAGGCUCUCCCUCUCCAUACCUGAGCUGUGGUGUCAAAUGCACCGGUCUGCAGGUGUUGAAAGGUGCGUGUCUGCGGAAAUGUCGUGACUGGAGAACUCUCCGAUUUUAUAUGGAUUUCAGAUGAACUCCAAUCAAAACAUUUAAAGUGAAUUAGCCUGGCAGGAUGACAGAUUGUACCAGACUGAAGAGGUUGCUCGGCUGGGUCUUGCUCCUUCUGAUUUCUGCAGUCUUUGAAUGUUCCAGUAAUUCUCCUCCUGGGAAACCUGUUUUUAAGGAUUGCCAUUCCCCUGAUAAAGAGACGUUUACCUGCUGGUGGGAGCCAGACCCUGACGAUGGAGAAGACACCACAUACCGCCUCUUCUAUGAGAAAGACCAAGAAGAGAGUCGUGAGUGUCCAGACUAUCACACAGCGGGGAAGAACUCCUGCUUCUUUGACAGAAACCACACCUCCAUUUGGGUGGACUACUUUCUCACUGUAGUGGCCUUCAAUGCCUUUGGAAAUGCUUCAUCUGAUAUAUUUAAGCUGGAUGUGGUGGAUAUUGUAAAGGGCAAUCCACCGGAAAAUGUCACUGUACGAUUGGAGUUUGAUCAAGAUAGUCCUACGAUUCAUGUCUACUGGAAUCCUUACGUUAUUCGCAGUAAUUAUGGCUGGCUCACGACGAAAUAUCAACUCAGGUUCAAAGAGGAGGACGGUAACUGGACAAUGCAGAAUGCAGGUUUACUGUCACAAUUCAGAUUAUAUAACGCCUCUCCAGGAAAGCAAUACACAGUCCAGGUACGCUGUUCAAUAGAUAACGGCAAAUGGAGUGAAUGGAGCAGCAGCGCGUUCAUUCAGAUCCCUAAGUCUGAACCUAAACAACAGCGUUUCUGGAUUCCGGUCGCCUUCUUCUCGGCCAUACCGUUCUUCGCAGCAGUUUGCAUUUUGUACAUCAAGUGGAAAUUUAUCAAACAGUGGCUUCUCCCUCCUGUUCCUGGACCCAAGAUAAAAGGAGUCGAUGUGCAUCUGCUCAAGAGUGGCCGGUCUGAAGAGGUCACCAGUGCUCUGCUCAUAAACCAGGUCUUUCCGUCCGUGACACCCUGGAAAAACCAAGUGGAGGAAUACCUGGUUGUGCGCGAUGACAACCUGCUGAUUUUUGAUGGCCUAGGCACAAAUGGGGUGAUCAUUUCAAGUAAGUUUCACUCUGAAGCGAACAUCAAUGAAGAAUCAAAUGUGGAAAAUAAUGUGGACCACAAAGAGGAAGCACAGAUACUAGACUAUUUUGUGGAAAUCAACGAGCCUGGAUUUGUGGAUGAAUUGAACUUUGUCAACGCAAUGGAAACAGAAAAGGUUCAGUCAAUCAAUGAUCUGAAGGUGGUGCCAUUGGAAAACAGCAGCUAUGUGGAUAUUCCCAAAAAGGACGUCACGGUGCAGGACAUGAGACCUGGAGACUACAGCACAGUGCAAGACAUAAGAGGAGAGUGCAUCAUACUGGAGAAACAAAGUAACACGUCAGACAGUAAAAACACAGACAUGAAUAGACACGAGGAGGAGAGGCUGCCCGACGACUACACCAAGGUCAAAGAGGUCAAAGGUGACCAUAUAGUGCUGCUGCAGGAUCCCUCCUGUGGAAAUAAUGGACAAUACACAGACUGUGGCAACCACAAGUCUCCACAUCCGAUGAUGGAGAAGGGGGGAGUGUACGCAGACUUCCUCCAUAAUGGAUAUGUUGACAAUAUCUCUACAACCCCCGUAAUGUAAAAUGUGACAAAACAAU